AUGGAAUUAAUUGAGAGGCAAAACGUCUGUUUAGCUCCUAUUAUUAGUCGAUUGGAAGCUAAUCGCCAAAACCUGGAAGCUGUUAAACAAAAAUCUGAUUCUGAUUUCAACAAAAUUGCUGUCAAAUUAGAGGAGAUAGAAAAAAUUGUUGCUGAUAUUGAGAAAUCUGCUGAUGGCGUAUCCUAUGAUUUAUUCAAUUCAGUAAAAGCCCAGCUGGAAAGAUUAAUUCAUGAGAUACAUAGACUAAAGCGAGUUCAUCGUUUCCUGACUGCAAUUUGUGAAUACAUUACAGACAACAAGUCAACAAAAGAGUUGACCUCGAGACAUGUUAUAAUAAAAACUCUGAAAAAAAAGAUGUUGUCCUGGGAAGAUCAAAUAAAGUUGGAUAUUGAAAGAAAAAAGACAGAUAUUGAAGAGAUUGAAAAAAGAAUCAUCGAAAAAAAGAAGCGUUGUAAAGAAGCUGAAGAUUUUAGUUUUUUAAGCUCAAUACAGAUUCGGAAAAGAGAAGCUUUGCUGCAAGAUGUAUCCAGCAAAUUACACCGACUGGAAUCUGAGAAACAAUCUCUGUUGAAAAGUAACAAUGAAUUGAAGAAGAGUUUGAACGAUGGUUUGCUUGUAGCCAAAAAACAAGAAGAGGGAAUAAAUGAAACCAUAGCUAAACAAAUGGAUAAGUUUAAAGACAUUGAACAAAAAUAUUCAUUUAUGGAAGCCAAACAAAUUGAAAUCGAUGCUAAUCAAAAACGUCUUACAGAACUUGAGACUAUUAUUUUGGAGAAAACUGAAGAGAGAGCAAACCUCUUAGAAUUGGAUACCAAUCUUUCCAACCAAGUUGAAGCGAUGGAUCUUGCCAACGAUACCAGACUCUUGUUAUUCAAUGAUCAGAAAAGUGAAUUAUUAGCCCAAGAAGCUGCUCGCCAGAAAUACAUUGAGGAAACUGGUAUGAAUUUAUCUGCAACUAUGGAAGAAUCGGUGCGUCUAGAGAAGGAAAAUCAAGACCUGGAAAUCAAAAUAUCAAUGAUUGAAAAAGAGUAUUCUAUUUGGAAACAAAGUGAAAAAGAACAAGAGGGAUCUAAAAGUAUUGGUGAAUCGACUGUUAGCUCUCAAUCAGAACAAGUAAAAGUCAUAGAGCAAUCAAAUUCAGUUGAAAUGGCCCCUCCACAGCCAUCUACUCCAGCUGUUGUUCAACCAGUGGUUAGUUGCUCUCAAGAUAAACCUUCAUGUUCGAGUCAAUCAUCUAAUCGUAAAUGCUUCAAAACAAUUCAACCUGCUAGCUAUGAGCUUCUUGAUGACCCAUUGGAUAUGAUCAUGAAUAUGAAAGAUGAACGAGGCUCUCAAGAUCCUCUCAGAGUUUCUAAGCGCGCAUAUAAACGUAAACCCAACCCAAAAUUUGCUAAAUAA